AUGGGGUCCCUUGAUGAGGCUUCAUGGACUGGAACAGCCUAUGUCCAAGGUCGAGCCACGGCCAAACUCCUCGCGAGUAACCUUGAGCUAAGCUUUUGGGGAGGUGUUGACCCUCAGACCAGUGAGAUCAUUGACCGACACCAUCCAUUGAGUGGACAGCAUCUCCAAAACACCGUCCUUGCUAUUCCAGGAGGACGAGGGUCAUGUACUGGCAGUGGUGUUAUGCUUGAGCUGUUGCUCAACGGCAAAGCUCCCGAGGCAAUCAUCUUUGAGAGACGGGAGGACAUUCUUACUCUUGGCGUCAUGAUUGCAGAGGAAGUUUUCAACCAGUCUAUCCCCGUCGUGGUUCUAGAUAAAGAAGACUUUCGACAUCUCAUUCGAUUGAACGGGCAGACGAUAUUUGUGGACGAUGGUUAUGUGUCCACCCAUCCACCUUCAAAACACCGAAAAGGUUCAGUGAUAGACACUGAAAGCGGUCUUAUUCUUGAGACAACUCCAGCUCUAGAAGGUAUCAAACUCUCAACACUGGAUCAGGAGCUUCUAAGAGGAGACUACGGCGAAGCAUCCCGCGUCGCUAUCAGAAUCGUCCUCCGCAUGGCCCAUCUUCUAGGCGCAACACGUCUCAUGGACGUAACACAAGUGCAUGUCGAUGGGUGUGUCUAUACAGGCCCUGCGACCCUCGCCCUCGCAGAGCGACUCCGUGACUGGGGUGGUAAAGUCCGAAUUCCAACGACACUCAACUCUUUAUCAGUAGAUCAAAAGCGCUGGCGAGCUCUUGGUGUCGAUACUACUUUUGGAGAAGCGGCUGAUGCGCUUGGAAAGGCAUAUACAGACAUGGGGGCACGACCGACUUUUACUUGUGCGCCUUAUCAGCUUGAGACUGCCCCGAAAUUGGGUGAGCAGAUUGCUUGGGCUGAGUCAAAUGCUGUUGUUUAUGCGAAUAGUGUUUUGGGGGCGAGAACUAUGAAGUAUCCAGACUUCCUAGACAUAUCCAUUGCUUUGACUGGGAGGGCGCCGAAAGGAGGCCCUCAUCUCGGCAUCAAUCGUGUGGCAUCGGUUUGUGUGAAAGUCGUGGGGCUGGAGGACACGACAAUUCUUGACGAUUCAUUUCCACCAUUACUGGGAUAUUAUGUUGGAACUUUAUCGACAAGCCGAAUACCUGUGAUAACAGGCCUUGAGAAGCUUGGUCUCUCAACAGACGAUCUGAAGGCCCUCGGUGCAGCCUUUGCCACGAUAUCGAGUGCUCCAAUGUUUCACAUCGUUGGUAUAACGCCAGAGGCACCGAAGCUUGAGACAGUGCUUGCCCCAGAAUUCACCUCUGUUGAAGUCAAGCUGGGUGAUCUGGGAGAAUGCUGGGAUAAACUCAACAGCGCACCAGCAAACCAACCCAUCGACCUAGUAUCACUGGGCAACCCACAUUUCUCUCUCGCCGAGAUGCGAAAACUCGCCAAUCUGUGCCAAGGGCGACGAAAAGCCGCUAGAGUAUCCGUCAUCGUUACUUGCGGUCGAUCAGUGUACAAACUUGCUGAACAAGCAGGUCUUAUAGCCCAACUAGAGGAUUUCGGGGUGCAGAUAUUAACUGAUAUUUGCUGGUGCAUGGUAACCGAGCCUGUGAUCCCAACGGCGGCAAAAACAAUCAUGACGAAUUCUGGCAAAUAUGCUCAUUAUGGGCCGGGCCUUACAGGGAGAGGGAUGUACUUUGGUAGUCUGGCUGGUUGUGUUGAAGCUGCUUGUUCAGGAACAUAUGAAGCUGAAAAGCCAGAGUGGCUUCAAAGUAGACGAGUCACAUAG